UAAUUCUUGUGGUAAGAUUUUCUGAAAUUCACGAUUCGUCACUUGGUCGAUCAAAGUCUUGUAGUAUUAUUUUAUGAUCCAUUUAAAAUAGUUAAUCGAGAGAAUAAGUUUCAUGAUUAAGGACACGAGGCAGAAGUUGCUAUUAUUUAUAUACUAGAAGGAGUUAAGGUUUUCACAUCUGUACUUAAUUAAGGAAUGCAGAAACUACCUAUCCUUUGAAGGUUGUUUUGCAAGAAGAAAAUGGUGGGUAGCAUAGCAAAAGGAUGGAAACAUCUAAGUGGAGAAAAUAAUUGGAAGGACCUCCUGGACCCUCUUGAUAACGAUCUCCGGCACUACAUCAUUCAUUACGGGGAAAUGGCUCAGGCUACAUAUGACAGUUUCAACACACAGAAGGUAUCUAAGUAUGCAGGAAGCAGCCUGUAUGCGAAGGAUGAAUUUUUUAACAGGGUUCAUUUAGAGAAAGGCAAUCCAUUCAAGUACCGUGUGACCAAAUUCUUGUAUGCAACCUCACAGAUGCAUAUCUCUGAAGCAUUCAUCAUAAAGUCAUUAUCCAGGGAAGCAUGGAGCAAAGAAUCCAACUGGAUAGGAUUCGUUGCGGUGUCUACCGAUGAAGGGAAGGUCGCUUUAGGGCGGAGAGAUAUUGUCAUUGCUUGGAGAGGAACGAUACAGAUCUUAGAGUGGGUUAACGAUUUUGAAUUUAAUUUAGUCUCUGCUUCUAAAAUACUUGGCGAGUCCGGUAACCCUAAGGUGCACCAGGGUUGGUACUCAAUCUACACUUCUGAUGAUUCGCGCUCACCAUACAACAAGAAUAGUGCUAGAGACCAGGUUCUUAAUGAGGUAGGGAGACUUGUGGAUCAAUUCAAAAAUGAAGAAAUCAGCAUAACCAUAACCGGCCACAGCUUAGGAGCUGCACUUGCUACAUUGAAUGCAGUGGAUAUAGUUGCUAAUGGAUUUAACAAGUCCCAUGAAAACAAAGGUUGUCCUGUUACAGCCAUGCUCUUUGCCAGUCCUCGUGUUGGGGACUCAAACUUUAAGAAGGUUUUCUCCAGAUACAUGGAUCUUAAAGCAUUACGCGUCCAUAACGUUCUAGAUGUUGUUCCUAAGUAUCCAUUUAUAGGCUAUGCGGAUGUGGGAGAAGAAUUGAUAAUUGACACCACCAAAUCUAAGUACCUGAAGAGCCCUGGAAAUGUAUCAAGUUGGCAUAACUUGGAGGCUUACCUGCAUGGAGUGGCUGGAACACAAGGGUCCAAAGGAGGGUUUGAAUUAGUGGUCAAUCGCGAUAUUGCUCUUAUUAACAAAACUACUGAUGGUUUAAAGGAUGAAUAUCUUGUACCAGCAUCAUGGCGGAUUCAAGAAAACAAGGGUAUGGUGCAGCAAGCAGAUGGUUCUUGGAAGUUGGUGGAUCAUGAAGAAGAUGUUGAUACCUGAAGAAUCAAGGUGGUGGUUCCAAAACAUUAAUUAAUGAAGUAGAUUAUAGGUUAAAAUCUGUAGAAGUUAUACAUAAAAUAUCUUAUUGUGUUUCUAAGAUUCAUGCUGUUAAUUAUGUAAAAUUGAUUAGAAGAGCAUGCUAUACAUACUAGGGAAGCGGCUGAUCAAUUGUGAUGUGGUAGCAUAUUGGUCUCUGUGUUUGUUUUCUGGAGAACCAUUUCUUUCCUUGAUUAUUGUGUUUCGUGAAUGUGUUUGAUAAGGUUGUGAUAUUAGGAGUCAUGCACGUGUUGUGAAAGCUCUCCUCUGAUAUUAACAAUUGAAGUUUUCAUGGUCGCUGUGUUGGGUUUGUAUUGUUUCGCUGAUUAUGAGUCUUCUUGCUGCUUCCUAGUAUGUCCCUUUUCUUCCUCCACUUAGGCUUUAAAUGUUAUGUUUUUCAUUGAUUGACA